AGUUCAGAUAUAACUUAAGUUCUGAAUGAAAAUGUCGUCGUAGAAAAUAUGGUAAUCUUUCUCCAUAGAUGAAGUAAAAAUUACUUGUUUAAUUAUAAAAUUGUUACGUUCAAAGGAAGGUAACCAUGGAUUCUUCAGAAGUGGAUAUGAAGCAGAAAGAUUUGAACAUUUUAGGACUGUCGGCGUAUUCUGUAGAUGAGAAUUUUAUCAAGUGUCCGAUGUGCCUGGAGAGGUUUACGCGACCUAAGAUGCUGAAAUGUUUGCAUACUCUAUGUGAGCAUUGUAUAACAGUUCAUAUACAACACGCUGCCCGGAAUAAACAGGUGACACACAAAGAGUUUCCGUGUCCUAAAUGCCAUUCUAUGACUAACGUGAUCAAACCUGAGUUGCCCCUCGAUAAAUGGGCAGAGACACUGCCCGCCAACACUAUGAUGGAAGCCCUGUUAGAAUCCAUCUCUCUACAGGUUGACGAUAAACUUUGCGGCACGUGCGAGGAAGGUGGAGACAGCACUUUAGCUUCGUAUUGGUGCCGCGACUGCGCAGAACCUCUUUGUGACAACUGCCUGAAAUAUCACAGACUGAUGAAGAUAAGCAGACGACACAAAAUAGAAGAAAUGGACAUCAUCAAAAGGCACCCGAAACGUAUAUUGUCAGUUCCCCAACCAUGCCCGGACCAUGUUGGUAAAGAUAUCGAGCUGUUUUGUGCCGAUCAUAACACCCUAUGCUGUGUAAUGUGUGUCGCCACGGAACACAGAAGGUGCGAUAAAGUAGCCUCCAUCGACAAAUUAGCCAAGCAGUUGGAGGAAGGUGCCGUCACGGAAGAACUCGUUGAUAAACUAAAUUCGUAUCUCGAUCACCUGAAAACCAUGAAAACAGACCGUGAAGUAAAUAGAGAGAAGUUAACUGGCAAGAGAAACGAAAUAAUGGAGCAGAUUGCUAACUACAAGGAAAAUGUAAACAUUCUACUAGAGAAAUUGGAAUCCACUUUGAACCAACAGUUCGACCAUGUACACCUGAAGGAAACAGAUCGGCUCAACACGGAAAUAGAGUGGUGUAAUGCGAUGCAGAGCGCGGUUGAAAACGCCAAAACCGUACUACUAGUAACUAACAGACACUGUUCUAACGCACAGGUAUUUAUAACUGUACAGCAGUGUAUAGAGAGGUCAAUAAGAUAUGAAGAUGAGAUUGCCAAGGAACAGAAUCAGAAAUUUGAACUGUUAGAUUACAGUUUUGAGAUCGAUUCAGCGUUUGAGGCAUUUUUGCAGUCUUUGAUCUCCGUCGAGUCUUUUGGUAAUGUGCACACACAUCGCCGUCGUGCCUUCAUACCAUCCUCACCUGGACUUAAGAUGUUGAGAGACAGAAAAGCGGAACCGGAAAUUGAAUUUGACGCAAAGACGCCAUCUGAUACACGAAAUUGUUGUCUGUCAUCUGUUCUUUUCCUGUCUGACAAAAGGAUUCUUCUUGCAGAUCAGAACAAUCAAAAAAUUAAACUCUUUGAAGACAAUGGGUCACUGAUUUACGAACAGGCGUUUACAACAUGGCCACGUGACUUCACAGAGCUAGGCAAUAACAAGGUUGCUGUCACAUUACCCAAGGAGAGAAAGAUUGAGAUAUUUUACCUUGGACAAAAGUUAAAGAACCUCGAAACGAUACGAAUGAUGGAUGAAUGCUGGGGAAUCACUUAUAGCAACAAUACCCUCAUUGUUGGUUGUAUCGGACCAGACAAAGGCAACAUCAAAUUAAUGACACUAGAUGGCGUUGAGAUCGAUACUAUUGAAGAUGACCCUAGCGGCAGACGACUUUUCAUCAAAACAAAUUACGUCACAACUAACGUCAAUGGAAAAGAAAUUUAUAUUACAGAUAGAACCAAGGAUACAGUGGUGGCUAUCGCUUUGAAGAGAAAUCCAAAUAAACAGCAGAUAGCCGAGGACCAAGGUCCAAAACGUUUACUUCCGGUAAAGCCGAGGCAUCGUUCCAGUACUGUACUUGGACACGGUAGGGAUCAAAGUAAUGGCCUUCCAUCUGAAAGACGAGCCCACAGCGAGAUGGCUAAAACAUUGCCGGGUUACGGAGAGUAUAGUAAGUUUAAAGAAAGUAAGAAUAGAGAUUCUGCUAAUUCGCCAACUACACUUCUAGAAGAGGGAUUUGAUGAGAAACUUGAAGAAUCCUAUGAUGCCCGUUCAAAGGGGACACCGCAACGUGAUAUGAAGAAUGUAUCUGGAGGGUCAUUAAAGACAGAAGAUUUAGAAGCUGUUGCCACGAGACAGUCACCAAUAGAGCGCGAGGACACGAGAUCAACUAUCAGUCACGUAAACGACCAAGACGAGAAAAUAGAGUAUGAUGUUCUCUAUUCAUACUCAAACGAUAUCCUUAAAUCUGCCGGCGGUGUCGCUGUGGAUCACCAAGGAAACAUCUACGUUACUGGAUAUAGAUCAUCUAAUGUUCAUCAAAUUUCUCCUGGCGGCUCUCUCAUUAAGAUUCUUCUACAGAACCUAUCACAGCCUCUAGCUAUAUGCGCGGAACCAUUUGGUGAUAGAAUAGCAGUCACUGAAACUACAUCAUCCAAACAAAACUUGGUACAAGUAUUUAGAUUAGUGUAAACCGUAUACCAGAAUACUACCGUGUAGUACUUAAACAGGUCAAGUCUUGAUUGCUCUGCCAUGGGAAGAAGAGGAUAUUAUAAAGGAAACUGUUGGGUUCGGGAUGUUAUAAUUUCAUGACGUUUAAUGUAAUGGACAUAUCUUUUUAUCAAUUUCUACUUUCCUGUUCUAUAGAAUUAUAUAAUAAAUAUAAGCGUGGAACAUUCCAGUUUCAGGUAUAAGAAUUAUGUGAUAUUUGUACCGGAAAUGUUACUCAACAGAUAAACAGUGUGACUUAAAGUAUAAUCAGCGUGGUUAUUUGAAUAUCAUUUAUUGUAUCCAUUUUCCUAUAUCAUUUGCUAUUCUGUGAUUUGUUGUGUAUACAUAUUAAAAAUUUGUUCAACUUUCAAUAACACAAUUAAAAGUUGCAAAACAA